AUGGGUAAAACAUCUCAGAUGGAUAGAACUGGAUACGUUUGGAUUGAUGGUUCAUCAAUUAGUUUAAAGAUCGUGACGAUAUCGUUCUAUUCACUAACGAAGACACCACCAAACUUGCAAAGGCAUUUGAGCCACGCGAUGGUGAGGCUCGCCAUGGAAUUAAGAUUGGAAUUGAUGAAGAUAUGA